UCAUGUGGAGGCCUCUGAUUGUCGCGCUGUGCUCGGCGACCGGCGCCCUCAGGGUCGGUCCCCGCAGCCUCGCGCACGGUGCCGUCCGUCGCGCGGCGGCGGCCGUUUCUGUCGCCACGGACACUGGCUUCGGCAGCGCCCCCAUGCCAGACGACCUCAAUCUGCUGGAGACGCUGCUGUACGAUGCAGUGCAGCGCGAGGACUACGCGGCGGCGGCAGAGUUGCGAGACCGCAUCGGCUGGCUCAGCGGGGCGCGCGGCGGCGACACCGACUGGCGGGAGCUCGGUCUGCCGGAGUGGCUGAGCGACUGGCUCGGACGGCUCGGGUACAGCUGGGGCACGCGGGUGCAGGUGCAGGCGCUGCGCGGGCUGACGGAGAUCUCGGGCGGGCAGACGCGCCACCGCGACGCCGCCAUCGUCGCUCCGACUGGUAGCGGCAAGACACUCGCCUACCUGCUGCCGCUGCUGCGCCGCUUCUCCGAGGACCUGCUGCAGGAGGACCUGUCGCGCCACCUCGCCACGGCGAUCGACGGAGGGCGCACCGACCGCACGGCGACGCCCGACGCGAUGCCGCGCCCCGUGGCGAUGAUCGUUGUCCCGUCGCGCGAGCUCGGCGUGCAGGUGUCGCUGCUCGCGUACCGGCUGCUUGGCGGCUCGGCGGGCAACCCGACCCUGCAGCCCUUCUCGCACCCGAGCCGCUACCAGCCGGGCAACGCUGCGAACAUGUUCACCUACUCCGGCCCGCGCCGAGUCAAGGCCAGCCGCUGGUCGACACGGAAGGUGGCCGGCUUGUGGGACGAGCAGAUGCUCUACGCGGCGGCGCACCAAGACUUGCUCAAGGACGUGCACUUGCUCGUCGGCACGCCGGAGCACCUCGCUCGCGUCGCAACGUCCGGCAACCUGCGGCUGCACCAGCUGCAGGCGCUCGUCAUUGACGAGGCAGACGUGUGCUUGCCGAUGGAGGCGACGAGCCAGCUGAUGCGCCGCCUCGAGGAGGCGUGCGGUGCGUUUGCGGUGCCGCGCCCGCAGCUGCUGCUCGCCGGAGCCUCGAUCUCUGCGUCGCACGUCGAGCAGGCGGCGCGGCGGGGGUGGGUUCAGGCGCCGCUCCUCGUCUC